AUGAUUGCGGAGAAGUUUUUGGCCAAAAACCAGAAAGUUUUUUGUGCGUUCAUGGACUUGGAAAAGGCUUAUAACAGAGUGGACUGGAAUGCGUUAUGGCAAACACUGAACUCAUAUGGGUUGAGCGCUGGUUUGAUACAGGCAUUAAGGUCUCUUUAUAGGGACUCUAGUGCUUGUGUCAGGAUCAAUGGGGUCUACUCGGACUGGUUUGGCAUCCGAAAAGGUGUCAGACAGGGCUGUGUAGCUUCCCCUUGGCUGUUCAACCUAUUUAUGGACAGGUAUUUGCAAACUUUGAAAGAUGAAGAAUGUGGGUUAAGAAUGGGCGAGUUAACCGUCAAAUAUCUUUUGUAUGCCGAUGAUCAAAUCAUAUUUGCGUCAUCGGCGGCUGAGUUGCAAAUGAUGGUUACAUUAAUGAACUGGGAAUUAAAAGAAAGGGGAAUGAAAGUGAACGCAAGUAAGACGAAAGUGAUGGUUUUUGAAAGAGAAGAAAGCAAAACGGUAUGUGAAAUAAAAAUAGAAGGAGAGUUAAUUGAGCAAGUGGAUGAGUUUGUGUAUUUGGGAUAUGUAUUUAGCAGGGAUGGUAGAUAUGAUAGGGAUAUAGAACGACGACUAAAUGCAGGAAAUAGAGUGAAUGGGGGACUACACUCUAUUAUGAAGAACCAGAAUGUGUCAAAAAAGGUACGUAUGGUAAUUCAUAAUGCUGUGUUAGUCCCUACUUUAAUGUAUGGUAUUGAAAGCUGGGUGUGGCAGAAGAAGCACGAAAUUAGAAUAAAUGCUGUAGAAAUGCGGUCUUUAAGGAAUAUGCUAAGGUUGAAUCUGAAUGACAGGGUGAGAAAUUGCGUGAUAAGAGAUAAAUGUGGUAUGCAAGAUGAUGUUGUGACCAGGAUUAAGAAAGGAAUGCUUCGGUGGUUUGGUCAUGUAGAAAGAAUGAAUGAGGAAAGAGUGACAAAGCAAAUUUAUAUGGCAGAUGUAAACGGCCGAGUCGGGAAGGGACGCUCUAGAAAAAGUUUUUCGACCAAAUUGGCGAUAUUUUAA